AUGUCUGGCCCAGGGAAGUAUGAUUCGCUCGACUCUCUAGAUGAUAGCAAGUAUGAAUGGAAGAUUAGGGUGAGAGUUAUACGUAUUUGGGAUAGCUACAGCAACAAGGGUCAGAAAGAAUUCAAGGGGCGUAAUAUGCUUCUCCUUGAUGACAAGCAUCAAAGAAUGCAUGCAUUCAUAUGGCCAAAUUACCUGGAUGAAUUUAAAAACAUGUUUGUGGAGGGAAACGUAUACUCUAUAAGAAAUUUCUCAGUCAAGACUUAUCGCAAAGAGUCCCUGCGUUGCACUAGAUAUGACAAACAAAUAUGGCUUUCAAACUAUACCAAAGUGUUUCCUGUGGAAGAUGAACAGAAGAUGGAAAGAGCUAUACGGCCUGUUGAAUUUGAUUUCUUUGAUAUCGCUGAUAUUGGAGAAUUAGUCAAGCAGUCAGAUAAUAACUUCCUCAUUGAUGUCAUAGGAAUUUUGAUGGACAAGGAGGUACUCAGAAGAUUCAAGAAUCAGAGAGAAGUUGAACAAUGUUCUUUUAGGUUCACUAUAACUGAUGGAAGCGCAAGCAUUAAAUGUUGCUUUUGGGAUGACAUGGCUGAAAAGUUCUCAGCUGCUAUAGAGAAUGAAAAUGAGACACCAUUGAUUGUCAUAAUUGCAAGUUGUAAGCAUAAUGAAUACAAAGAGGAGCCUUACGUCUCCAAUGUUGCUGCCACUCGGUUUUACAUCAACCACAACCAUCGUAGUGUGCUUCAGAUGAAGCAACGAGCAAGUAUGCCAGAUUUCACCUAUACGCCACCAACUCGUGCUGAGACCCCUAAAACCCAGAUAAUGACAGUUGCUCAACUUCGUAAACUCGAUUCUAAAUUCAACAUGAACUUGGUCAUGUGUCAAGUUACUGUCAAGAGUGUUGAAGAAUCAAAAAUUUGGUACUUUGAUGCCUGCAGCAGCUGCGGUAAGGAAAUUGAGGUGGUGAAUGGGAAAUACAGGUGCGAAGAAUGUAAAAGAAAUAUCCCAUUUCCGGAAAAAAGGUUUAGAAUUUAUGUGAUUGCUGAAGAUUUAUCAGGAGCAGCUGCUUUUGUGGUCGUUGAUCCAGAGGUUGAAAACAUUAUUGAAAAGUCUGUGUUCGAUGUUCUUAUUGAUCAGUCCCAGGAGAAACAAGGAUCUGGAUUUCCAUCUGUUCUCAAGUUGUUUGAAGGGAAUCAGUAUACCUUUACAAUUCGACUCAACGGUGAUAACUUGGAUAGGGCAUCCAACACCUAUUUUGUUACUGAUAUUUCCAAAGGUCAUGAAAUAAUGGACAACAAUGUUGCAGACGAAGACUCUUUUAGUACAGGUCCAAUGAAUGUGCAAUUUUCUGAUUCUGCUUCCAUAUCAAUCGCUGAUUUUAAGACCCCGGACACGGAGAAAUCGACCAACACCAACCGUCUGAAACGACUCAGUGGUGAUGAUGUUGUGUUAAUUGCAAGCCUGUCUGACGACAACGAUCUUGCUGCUGGAGGUGUGAAGGAGAAAGAAUCUCUUACCGUCAAACAUGUCAAAAAGGAGAAGGUUUAA